UGACACCCCUCGCACACUUCUCCCCUUGUCCUCCGAAUCCCAAAUCCAAACAAGAAGAAACAAUACUACAAUCCUCUUUCUCUUUCUCUUUCUCUUUCUCCCUGCGCCGCGACGUCCUCCGCUCCCUGCCCUGUCUUCUCGCGCACACUAACCAAUCCGAGCGUCCGGCGACGCGGCUCCCAAAUCGCCACGCACCGAUCGGGCCCGGCGCCACUGGGGUUCCCGUGCCAUUGCCCCAAUCGGGAGGCAUUCAUCUGCGCGCCGCUGCCCUGCCCCGUCGCGGCGGUGGCGGUGGUGGUAUGAUUAGUAGAGGGCCACGCGGCGGCGGCGGCGGCGGCGGAGAUUAGGGUCUUGGGAAGGGGGAGGAGGUUAUGAAGGCGACUGCGCCGCCGGCGAAGAGGCGGAGGGGCCCGCGGCUGGCGGUGCUGGCGCUCGUCUUCUGCUCGCUGCUCGUGCCGAUCGCCUUCCUUUUCAACCGCUUCCCCGCCGUGUAUGUGACGGAUGAGCGCCCCCAACAGGAGGUUGCUUUGCCUUCAUUCGAUCGCUUAGUGGUAGAAAGAGACAGGAUUGUACAUGAAGUGCCGCGGCAGGGUGGUAGAGAUGUGAACGCAGAGUCAGAGGAUGCACACGGAAAGAAUUCCGAGGGCAAUAUAGACUUGCAUCACCAAAUUGAUACUGAACAUAAAGUUAAAGUUCUCCCCGCACCAAAAAUUGAACAAGCGAAGCCAGUACCAGUUCCAGUUCCACCCAGAAAAGAUUUCAGUGACAACAACAUGAGACGUCCCAGGGUCCCAAGUGCUGAUGAAUUGGAGAAGGCUAAGGCUUGUCAGCUUGAAUUCGGGAGUUACUGUCUCUGGUCCAUUGAACACAAAGAAGUUAUGAAAGAUGCCAUUGUAAAAAAACUAAAAGAUCAGCUAUUUGUGGCUCGAUCUUACUACCCAAGCAUUGCCAAACUUAAAGGAAAGGAGGCACUGACUCGUGAAUUGAAGCAGAAUAUCCAAGAACAUGAGAGGGUUCUAAGUGAAUCCAUUGUUGAUGCUGAUCUACCAUCCUUCAUAAAAAAGAAGAUAGAGAGGAUGGACCGUGCAAUAGCAAGAGCCAAAUCGUGCACUGUGGAUUGUAACAAUGUUGACAAAAAGCUUCGCCAGAUACUUCAUAUGACGGACGAUGAAGCUCAUUUUCAUAUGAAGCAGAGUGCCUACUUAUACAACCUUGGUGUUCACACGAUGCCCAAAAGUCAUCAUUGCCUUAAUAUGAGGUUGACAGUAGAAUAUUUUAAAUCAACUACAUUGGAUUCAGAUGACUCUCCUGUCCAUAAGUUUAAUGUUCCAGAUCAUAGGCACUACAUUAUAUUAUCCAAAAAUGUGCUUGCCGCUUCCGUUGUCAUCAACUCAUCUGUUAGUAGUUCUGAGGAGACCAGGAAUGUAGUCUUUCAUGUACUAACCGAUGCUCAAAAUUUCUAUGCAAUGAAGCAUUGGUUUUCAAGAAAUGCCUACAGAGAAUCAGCUGUCAAUGUCAUUAACUACGAGCAUAUUAUUUUGGAGAAUUUGCCAGAGUUCAGCAUGCAGCAGUUGUAUAUGCCCGAGGAAUUCCGUGUUUUCAUCAGUAGCUUUGAGCGACCUACCGAGAAGUCUAGAAUGGAGUAUUUAUCAGUGUUUAGUCACUCACAUUUCUUUAUUCCGGAAAUAUUUAAAGAUUUAAAGAAGGUGAUUGUGUUGGAUGAUGAUGUCAUUGUUCAACGUGAUCUCUCUUUCUUGUGGAAUCUUGAUAUGGGAGAUAAGGUGAAUGCCGCAGUCAAGUUUUGUGGCCUGAGACUGGGCCAACUAAGAAACCUUCUCGGCGAGGCAAUGUACGAUCCCCAGUCAUGUGCAUGGAUGUCUGGGUUGAAUGUCAUUAAUUUGGAAAAAUGGAGAGAGUAUAAUGUUACAGAGAAUUACCUGCAACUCCUGGAAAAGUUUCGGAACAAUGAUGACGAGGCCUCACUACGAGCUGCAGCUUUACCUAUAAGCUUGCUUUCCUUCCAGAAUCUUGUAUAUCCUCUUGAUGAGAGGUUGACUUUAUCUGGGCUCGGCUAUCAGUACGGAAUUGAAGAAAAAGUGAUCCGAACUUCUGCAUCAUUGCACUACAAUGGUAAUAUGAAACCUUGGCUUGAAUUGGGUAUACCAAAUUACAGGAAGUACUGGAAGAGGUUUCUGGCACGAGAUGAGCGAUUCAUGGACGAGUGCAAUGUAAGUCCAUAGCAUACUUUGGAAACCAGAAGAUUUGACUGACGGUAGAUUGUUUCGUCUACUGCUGUACUAUAUACCAAGAGGGCAAAGCACUUGGAGUGCAAAGACCAGGAAAGAAGUCAUUAGCCAUCAAUUUUGACAGGGUAGAUCCAACACCAUCUGUUCAUUGAAAUUAGUGAGCUUGAUGGGUGGUUUUUCUGCAGUUAGAGAAAUUAGCCUUAAGUCGAAGGAUAAUGCGGUAGGCAAUGGUGAUGUGUAGUGGUGAGGCUUCAGGUAAAAGGGAGUGUUCACUCUCAUCAUCUAGAAUACGGGACAGGAUUGUUGGUGAUGCGUUGUGGCACCUUUAAUUGAAAAUUGGUGCCUUACACGUCAUUGAUGCAGGCUGAUUCUUUUCUUCGUUAAAUUUUUGACCCAAAUUCUUUGUUCUUAGUUACUGCACAUUGAUUGUUUAUCAAAGUUAUGUGGAUGGGAAGUAUAUUUGGUUUGUCAGAAACUUGUCGGUCACAACUAACAAGGUUGACAGCUCGGUGGAUAUCUUUGCA